UUCUCUUAGGAUCUGAACCAGGUGAGAAGCCGGUAAGUGGGGCGUGGGCAGAUAGCCCCGCACGCUGAGCGCAGUAAGGAAAACGCGCCACACUUGAGGAGCCGUGGGUACAGUUCCUUUUCUUCUCCGGUUGCGAGUGCUGGGGGCGUCCGCCGCAGGUGCCUCCCGAGCUCCCUGCCCCGGGCGCAGCCGCCGCUGCCGUCCUCUCCCCACCCUCUCGGCGCCGCCGCAGUGCGCGGAGCAGGGCUGGUGCUCUCCGCCCGUGGCCCGGAGGGGCGCGCUCGGGGCCAGCGCCGCUCGCUCCGCAUCCCUCUCCUCCAGGCUCCUGGAGCACUCCCAUCGCCGUCUGCAGUCCCAGGCCCCGCCAUGGGGAAUGUGCCAUCAGCGGUGAAGCACUGCCUCAGCUACCAGCAGCUUCUCCGGGAGCAUCUCUGGAUCGGGGAUUCAGUGGCUGGGGCACUUGACCCUGCGCAGGAAACAUCCCAGUUAUCUGGACUCCCUGAGUAUGUUAAAAUAGUAGAAGUUGGACCUAGGGAUGGAUUGCAGAAUGAAAAGGUUAUAGUUCCUACAGACAUAAAAAUUGAAUUUAUCAAUCAACUUUCCCAAACUGGCUUGUCUGUAAUAGAAGUGACCAGCUUUGUGUCCUCCAGAUGGGUACCACAGAUGGCUGAUCACACUGAAGUGAUGAAAGGCAUUCAUCAAUACCCAGGAGUUCGAUAUCCUGUCCUUACUCCUAAUCUUCAGGGUUUUCACCGUGCUGUUGCUGCCGGAGCCACCGAGAUAUCAGUUUUUGGUGCCGCAUCUGAAUCCUUUAGCAAGAAGAAUAUUAACUGUUCUAUUGAAGAAAGCAUGGAGAAGUUUGAGGAGGUUGUUAAGUCGGCAAGGCACAUGAAUAUUCCAGCACGAGGGUAUGUGUCUUGCACCCUGGGCUGUCCGUAUGAAGGAAACAUCACACCACAAAAAGUGACAGAAGUAUCUAAAAGAUUGUAUGGCAUGGGCUGUUAUGAGAUCUCUCUAGGAGACACUAUUGGAGUGGGAACUCCAGGAAGCAUGAAAAGAAUGUUGGAGAGUGUCAUGAAAGAAGUCCCACCCAGUGCGCUUGCUGUUCACUGCCAUGACACGUAUGGACAAGCCUUAGCAAAUAUCCUUACGGCCCUUCAGUCCAAGGGAAAAGAGGAUAAAAGAUGGAGCACCAGAAUGAACUGAAAAAGUGUCUCAUGGGGUAGGAGAAAAGAUCUUCCUUGAGAUUCGAGGACUCAAGAAUAAGUAAAUCAAGAGGGAAGAGGUAAUUGACUAUGUUAAAUGCUGGGAAAAGUAAGAUGAAGACCACAUAUUGAUCAUAUUGUCUUCUCUUAAUUGCUUCUGCCUUUGGAAUUGUGCUUAGAAGAACCUUUACUACUCUUAAAUUAUAUUACUUGCAUACUUAUCUUUUCUUUGGCUUCAUUUUUUAUAUUCAAAUCUAUAAUCCAGCUGUACUCUACUUAUGAUGUAAUAAUUUUCAUAUAAGCACAUUGUUAUCCACUUAUUGCAUAAUUUCUUUCCUCACCAGUAGCAAAUGUCCAGCUAUGACAAGUGCUAUAUUUUUACAUUUUUUUUUCUCACAUAAGACAACUGUGGCUUACCAGGGUUAGAUCAGUUGUACAAAGCUUCCUGUUUGAAAUAUUGUAGAACCAGGAUAACAACUUAGGUUAUCUUGGCUUUUCAUGUCACUUUGGCCUGUGUAUUUCAUACAAGUGUAAUAUGUCAAUGAGACUUAGAUUUUAAAUCUAAUACAAAUUUAUCCAAAACCUCAUCCUUAAAAAUUUACAAAGGAUUGACUUAAGAAUAUCCUAUUUCCAUUAACAAAUUGUAUAAAAAUGAAAGUUGUUUAUUUUCUUUCUGUUAUGGCUUACAAAUGGAGAUUUCUACCCUGGAUGAGAAUUAUUUUUUCUUCCUGAUUUUGAAUUCUUCCUUGUAUUUUAUCAAUCUUUUUCUCUCUUUAUUCACAAAUUGAGUUUCCCCAAGGCUCAUUUCCUCAUUAAUAAGUAUUUAGUUGGGGAAAAAACUUUUCUUACAGGAUAUGGAAAAUGUUUACAACAUCAAUUUCCUGAGGUAAAAAGUUGAGGUUUGAAAAGGAUGCUUUGAGAAUUAGAUUCCUUUUACUUUGAUCGCAUAAUAACUACAGAUAACUAAAUAAAGCUCACAUUUCUUAGUAAAUGUUUUCAGUUCAGUAAACAUUCUUAAAGGAAACAUUUACUUCAAUAACCAAAACCCACUGUUUUCAUUGAAGGUCUAAAUUAAAAAAAUACUGUUUCUAUUCUGUAAGAAAAGAAAAUCCUAUUUCUUUUUCUACAUAGACAUUUUGGAACACUUCCCCUUGAAAAUACACAAGACUUUAUGGAUAACAGACCUUCAAGUGAAAUGUAUUAGUAUUCAUAUCAGCUGUGAGAAGGCCAACAGUUUUCCAUAGCUGAAUCUACUAAAAAAAUGAAAUAUGACUUUAUUAUUUUUUUCCUACUUUAUUUUUGACUCAUUUGCUUAAAUCUGAAGGCACUUAUGGAUCUCCACUGUGUCUGAGACUAUGUUUGCCAAUGUGGUUAUGGUGUUUGCUUAUUGAAAAUCAUGGUAUUUACUGCAGCUAUGGAAACAAAUAGUGUAUUCCUAUCUGAAAUUCUAGGUGAGUGUGUUCAUUUUUGAUAGGGGUAGGAAGAGGUUACUAAAUUAGGAAGAAGUUGAAAAAUAAAAACAACAUUAGGGGAGAGGCAGAUGAAGAGUAGCUUCUCUUGGCCAUUUGGCCUGAAAAGGAAGUUGAAAAGAGGACAUUUGUAAGGAACUAUGUUCAUUAUUGUUCCCUUCAAUCUUGUUGCACAAUGUUAGAUAAGCAGAUAAAUGUGUUGAUUUACUUACCUUCUUAAAAAAAAUCUUGCUGUGGAUUUAUUGAAGCUAACUUCUUCAAGUGCUAACUUUAUAUUCUUGCAUGACAAAAAUAGGCUGGAACUGAGUUCUGGAAAGAAGACAUGCCCUAAACUCUGAUUUGCAUCUUGUAUCCCACUUAUUUAACCCCGGGAAGAAUUUGAGUUUUAGAAUCCUGAUCUAAAUUUUUUAAAUAGAUUGUAGUUGCAUGGGAUAAGAAAGAGUAAACUCCUUACUAAUCCAGAA